UCAAAUUCGCAGCCUUCGAAACCUUCGCAACGCCCUCUGUGUGUGCUGAAUAAUUUGGCCAUUUCUAUAAACCACCGGCAACCUCCUUCGUAAUAUCCGAUGGGGAUGUUAACCGUAACGCAACCACUGUCAGCAGACAUCGUCGGACAUAUAAAUGCCUGAAAGUAUGUCUUCGCUGGAAACAAUCAGUCUUACUUACUUCACGACAAACAUGAUUACGCUUACUUGCCUUUCUUCUUUCUAUAAACACCACUCAUUGGUAAUCCAUGUGUUUCAGCAUUCGGAUUGCCACUUUCAUCGAAUUCGUACUUGUCUCCAAAUGAAUCUGAAACGAGUCCGUUCACUGAGUGAAUUCCGUGGCACCCAUCUGCCCUAUUAUCCCCCUAGAUCACCUCAUCCUAUCCUGUUUUAUAUGAACACCAAGAUCAAAGCAACCCCUAAUUAUGAUCACCUCCCUAUCAUCUUUUGUUAG